AGAAAUAGUCGCCGCGGUUAUUUCUGUCUCGUGACGUGGGCGGCGGCCGGCCAGCUGACUCGCAGCACAGUCCCCCGCGGCAUGGGCGACGAGGCGCUGUGGCAAAGCGAGCAGGCGCGCUGUGGCGUGGUGCUACGCGAGGUGUUCCUGUGGCUGCCGGGCGCGUCGCUGGCGCGCGCAGGCGCCACAUGCCGCGCGUGGCGCCGCGCCGCCGCCGAGCCCGCGCUCUGGCGCCGCCUCGUCCUGCGCACCGCCUCGCCACGCGCGCACGACACACUGCUCGCCACCACAGAGAAUUACGAAUGGCGCGAAGAAUUUGUUUGUGCGCAUGCACAAUGGAAGCUCACUCGUACCAUCCCCGCGACAGCUGGCGGCGCAACGCUGAUACACGGCGCGUUGGCGCCGCGCGACCCAUGGCUAGCACUCGCCGCAGACGACGCGAGCGUCACCGUAUGGGCGCGAGGAGUGGGGAGUACGUGGCGCGAGCGCUGGCGGCACGAGCUGCGCGAGGCGCGGGGCUGGGCGAGCGCGGCGCGCGUGCUCUGGGCCGAGUCGGGCCGCCGCCUUCUCGUAGCCGGCCCGCGCGCGCUCGCCGACGUUUCCUCUUCGUGGGAGCUGCUCGUGCUACAGUUCGAUGAUGAGUGCCACGGACGCGAGAUAUCCCGCACACGAUGCAGCGCGGGCGCAGCGGGGUGCUGGGCGGGACCAGGAGGCGAGUGCUACCUCGCUCUGCAGACCAGCGUACUGGCGCCGGGCGUGGCUUGUACAGCUGUCUGGUUAAACACUGCAACGCAGGAGACGCAGUCAGAAUACGCCGGAGUGACAGCCCGUCUACUGCGCGUGUAUAAUGAAGACGGAGCUAAUAUACUGCUCGCGCGAGUACUGGAGCUACCGUGGAGCGUGCUGGAUGCACCCCCUGCCGGCGACGACGCUGCCUACUACCGCGCCACGCGAGUCCGCACCGACAAUGACGAUGCGCCACCGACUAAAAACAAGCAGGAAGGCGAAUGGUCUCACCUGCGCGUGCUGGUGUUGGGGUGGGACAGCGGGCGCGUAGGGAGUGGCGGACGCGUGUGCGCGUGGUCGCUGGGCGCGCCACAGCCGCCGCCAGUGCAGGCCACCGCGGCAGGCUCGCUGCGCGCUCGCUAUUUGGCGCACCGAGAGCGCAUGCGCGCGCCGCCCCCGGACCCGCCGCCGCCCGCUGAAGCCGACGUGCGCGCGCUGUGUACCGCGCCUGAGGCCGAGUGCACGCUGCCAGCACCGCCGCUCGGGCUCGUCGCACAUCCUGGCGGGCGGUGCGUGUGGGUGAACACGGCGGACGGGCAAGUGUGGUGCAUGUCGGUACCGGCGCUGGUGCCGCUACGCUCGCUGCCGCCGCCGCUGCCGCGCCCGGCCGGUCCCGCCCCCGCACUGUACUACGCUGAACCCUCUGCGACUCAUCACCACGUGGCAGCGCCGGCGGGCGCGUUGAGCGGCUCGGCGUGCGUGUGGGCGACGUUGGGCGACGCAUGCGCAGUGCUGGACGCGCGCCCUGCCGCGCCCGCCGCCGCCGCACUGCUGCUACCUGGCUGGCCUCUCUCUGCUCUCAUACUAGCUGGAGACGCAUUUCAUGUGUGGAGGAGUCGCGCGACGCCACAAAGUUUGCCCGGCUGGCCCUGACCGGGUCCUAUCCCGGCCACGCUAGCAUUGCAUGAUUUAACAUAAAUUAAAGACAGAUCAUCGUCCAUUCCAGAACCAAAAAAGCGAUGAUUUAACUCUAAAGAACUCAUUAUGAGUGAUUUAUUCGACAAAGCCUCAAAUAAUUCCCUAGAAUAAAAAUCGUGUACUUUUUCAAAAACCA